AUGUCACGACAAGCCCGCGAACAAUUCCGACAAGCUCUAUGGCGAGUGACACUCAAAGCAGGACGCAGAGGGGAUGACCGGAAGGCGACCGGGGUGUUUUGCGGUGAUCAAAAGUUGUCCACAAUGGCGGGCUCUAGACCCCCCCCGAUUGCUGUCCGCUUUGGUUACGGCUCCUGGCUCCAACUUCGUCGCUCCGCAGCUUCUAGUUACCCCCUGACCUUAUCCUCGAUCUUUGCAGUGACAAGCAUCGCUUUCUUCCAGUACAGAUGGUCAGUGACUUUAAAAACGCCCAAGACGGGGAUUUGUGAGCGGUACAGCGCUGACGAUCCGAACAAGGCCAAUUUACCAAAUUUGCGCCGUCUCUUUGUCGAGGCUCGGACAGAAGUUGAAGAGAAUGAGUACUCUCGAACAGCUUUCUACAACUUGGUCUUAUUCAUUUCGUCCGUCGCGAUCUUUAGUCUGGCUGCCCAACGAAUGAGUGGGCCAAAGGCUGCUCGAUGA